GCCGGGCCGGCGCCGCAGCACGCCGGGUGGUGGGUGCCCGAGCCCGGCAGCAGCAGCAACAGCCUCGAAGGCGCCGCCGAUCGGUACGUCGUCGUCGACCCCCUCACCGCCGAACUCGCGCCCCAGUUUUGCCUCUUGCACAACGUCGUGCCCUGCCGCGUCCCCGAGCCCGACUCGGCGGAGCUGGCGUCGCUGGAGCUGGCGCUCGAGCCACACAUCGCCGAGGUGACCGCCCAGCUGGGGACGCUCUCCGCGCUGAUGCGCGGCACCCUCAACUCGGCCCACCCAAUGAGCCACGACUACCAGCGACUCCACCUCGGCCGCAACUACCGGUCGACGCUGCGCGACCUCUUCCUGAGGUACGGCGCGGGGCGGCAGGCCCGCCCGGCCGCCGUCUCGACGGACGCGGGCGACGUCGCGCCGAUGAGCAUCUCGCCGCACGUCUCGCCGCGCUGCUCGCCCCGCCUCAGAGCGUAUUCGCUCCCGUCUUCCCCGCGAGGCCUCAGCCCCACCUCGCCUGCGGACAGCGACGGCGGGGCGGAGCAGCAGCUGAGGGAGCCAGCCCUCACGCGCUCCGCCUCGCUCAAGCGCGCCUCGCCGCUGCCCGACCUGCGACUGCCGCCCCCCGCGCCCAAGCGGCUCGCCGGCGACGGCCUCCGCUCGAUCCGGUCCUACCCCUCGCGGCUCUCCGAGGCGGUGGGCGACGCCGCGCCGGACGGAGGCGAGCCGGUGCCGAGCCGUGUCCGCUCGUAUGCGUCGCUUGAGGCGCUCGCCGCUUCGGCCGCGGCCGCGGUCGCCGAGCUGACGCCGCUCUGGAACAAGGGCCGCGAGGCGGUCGCGCAGGCGGUGCAGCACGUAAACGAGAUUGCCAUGUUCUGAGCCAUCCCGCCCCUCGGGCGCUUCUGCGCGUCUCCUGGUUGCGCUGCGGCGGCGGUGGGGGCCUCCGCUUUGGGCGCGCUCUUCGCCGCCGCCCGCCGCUGCGGAUGGAUCGCAACGGGGCCUCCGCCAGUUAGCAUGGGCGCCAGCGGCACACCCGUUUGUCGUCGCGUUUGCUCUCCGUAACGCGGGAGGGACGACCGGCCAGGCUCUCUGUGCCAGGAGCAGGACGAGCGAUUAUUGUGAGAGAGUCUGAUUCACUAUGAGACGUGGUUUAUUUUGUAUACUCCUCCUUUCUGUGGGCGUGGAUAUGUUUUUCCGUCAAACGACCGACAUGUC